AUGGCUGACGUUAUGGAUGAAUAUGAGAAAGAAGCUGGCUGUGUCCCUAUUCUCCAUCCAGAGGAAAUCAAGCCCCAGAGUCACUACAACCAUGGCUACACCGAGAACGUGGCCCGCAAAAGCCACGUGGAUGACUACAGCACCUGGGACAUCGUCAAAGCCACACAGUACGGCAUCUUUGAGCGCUGCAGGGAGCUGGUGGAGGCGGGCUACGACGUGCGACAGCCCGACAAAGAGAACGUCACUCUCCUGCACUGGGCAGCCAUCAACAAUAGAAUAGACCUUGUCAAGUACUACAUAUCGAAGGGGGCGAUAGUGGACCAGCUAGGAGGGGAUCUGAACUCCACACCACUGCACUGGGCCACCAGGCAGGGCCACCUGUCCAUGGUGGUGCAGCUGUUGAAGUAUGGCUCCGACCCCUCGCUGAUCGACGGCGAGGGCUGCAGCUGCGUCCACCUGGCCGCCCAGUUCGGACACACUUCCAUCGUGGCGUACCUCAUCGCCAAGGGCCAGGAUGUGGACAUGAUGGAUCAGAACGGCAUGACUCCUUUGAUGUGGGCUGCUUACAGGACACACAGUGUGGACCCCACCCGGCUCCUCCUGACCUUCAACGUGUCGGUCAACUUGGGGGACAAGUACCACAAGAACACGGCCCUGCACUGGGCCGUGCUGGCUGGAAACACCACCGUCAUCAGCCUGCUGCUGGAUGCCAACUCCAACGUAGACGCCCAGAACAUCAAGGGAGAGACUCCGCUGGACCUGGCCAAGCAGAGGAAGAACGUCUGGAUGAUCAACCACCUGCAGGAGGCCCGGCAGGCCAAGGGCUACGACAGCCCCUCCUACCUGAAGAGACUCAAGAUGGACAAGGAGUUCAGACAGAAGGUGAUGCUGGCGACCCCCUUCCUGGUCAUCUGGCUCGUGGGCUUCAUCGCUGACCUGGAUAUCGACUCCUGGCUCGCCAAGAGCCUCAUGUACGCUGGAGUGUGGGUCACUGUGCAGUUCCUCUCCAAGUCGUUCUUCGACCACUCCAUGCACAGCGCUCUUCCUCUGGGGAUCUAUCUGGCUACCAAGUUCUGGAUGUACAUCACCUGGUUCUACUGGUUCUGGAAUGAUCUCCCAUUCGCCACUGUGCACCUCCCCUUCCUGCUCAACAGCGUGGCUCUGUUCUACAACUUCGGCAAGUCCUGGAAGUCCGACCCCGGCAUCAUCAAAGCCUCAGAGGAGCAGAAGAAGAAGACUAUAGUUGAAUUGGCAGAAACAGGCAGCCUGGAUCUCAGCAUAUUCUGCAGUACUUGUUUGAUACGGAAGCCUAUAAGGUCCAAACACUGUGCCGUGUGCAACCGCUGCAUUGCCAAGUUUGACCACCACUGCCCUUGGGUGGGAAACUGUGUCGGAAGUGGAAACCACCGCUACUUCAUGGGCUACCUGUUCUUCCUGCUCUGCAUGAUCUGCUGGAUGAUGUACGGCUGCACCUGCUACUGGAGGAUCCACUGUGCCACCAGCUACGCCAAGGACGGCCUGUGGUUCUACUUGAGCCAGAUCGCCUCCUGCUCCCCCUGGAUGUUCUGGAUGUUCAUCAACAGUGUCUUCCACUUCAUGUGGGUCGCUGUGCUCAUCAUGUGCCAGCUGUACCAGAUUGCUGGUCUGGGAAUCACCACCAACGAAAGGAUGAACGCCAGGAGAUACAAGCACUUUAAAGUAACAGCCACGUCCAUCGAGAGCCCCUUCAAUCAUGGGUGUAUACGGAACCUCAUAGACUUCUUUGAGAUCCGGUGCUGCGGUCUCCUUCGGCCUUUGGCGAUAGACUGGACCACACAGUACACAAUAGAGUACGACCAGACCACCGGGUCGGGGUACCAGCUGGUGUAGAGCAGGAAGGAGGGAGGAGUAGGGAGAAGGACUGGAGGAACAGCCGUGUUAUUGGAGGAAGAGAAAGAAAGCCCCCCCCCCCCCCCUCCCCCAACCAGAGUUCAUAUCGGGGCUGUUUUCCGGGAGCGUUUGCCUUCGGACCAUCUCUCCCUCCCUCACUGAUCUGACUGAAUCUCAGCCUGGACUAGCAUGCUGUUAGGGGGCAACGCUACACCGAUACCACCCCCUCCCCCCACCACCACCACUGGCCCACUACCCACUGCUGUUACCCUAGAUGAAGCCUCACCACUCCAUCUCCUGGACCCCAUGGGCCGUCUCCUCUGCAGAGCUCCCCCUCGUCUCCUCUCCCCCUGAACAGUGCACCACUGCCUGACGCGCGGGGGGAGAGGCAGAGGGAGGAGAACGACUUCUUCUAAACAUAAAAAGGGAUCUUUAUUUGUACUUUUUUCUUUUUUUUUUCAGCCAUGCUGGAGUCAUGACUGCAACACGUGCAGUAUGUUAACGGCAGUGUUUGCUUUUUUUCUUUUUUUCUUCAGUGUUCUCCUUUUUUUGAUAUUAGAAAAGUUUGGUGUUUUUUUUUUUUGUCCUCCCAUUUUGUGUUUCCUUCGACUUUUCCAUUCUUUAGUUCCCCAACUCUGCUGUUCCUUUUUAAAACGGUGGUUGCCAGGGAGAUGAAGGAAAGGCUUGUGUAUGGAAGUUAGGUCUAAAGCCGGAUUUCUUCGGCGAGGGUUUCAACGUUUUGGUUAAGCACCUUCAUUCAAGCCUUUGUUUCAGGUUAUUCCAGGAAAGCCCUAGAAUUGCCAAUAUUGAUUAACACCUAGCACAGACUAGUCAGUGUGUCAUAAGAUGGCACCUGUUGUAGAGUGGGCUCUUGGCUGAUUGGUCAUAUUCAAGGUUUAGGAAAAGGCGCAACUAGGAGCGAUAUCCUAUAAAUAAUGUGAUGCAGCAUAUUUAUUUUUAAGCUAUUUAUAGAUGAACUUGUGUCCUGGCGUUUAUUUCACAGUUGAUGCCGUUUAUGUUGUGUGUUUUAUAUCAAGAGAACAGUAGGGAAGAAUUCAAGGUGGUUUGACAUGGUGCCCCUAUGAAUAAUACUCUACACAGUCACACAUGCAUACAAAUAUAUUUAUUAAUAUAAGAGUAGUAAUAAGAUAAUAAUACUAGUUUUAGAAAGAUCCAUUUGAAGCAGAGAAACAAAAGGCCCUUUCAUCUGUGACUUUGAUAGAAUGGUUUUUAUAAGUUUACAAGAAAGCUUCAUUCCACAUGUUCUCUUUUGACUUCUGAAGUCGAGAUGAUUAGUUUAUCUCCCCCCCCCCCACACGCACACACUUGUUGUGUGUCUGCCUAUUACAAUGCACUGAUCACCAUUUAUUGUUUUCUGCUCUCGCUGUUACUGAAGACAAAGGUAAACCCACACCGCUUCCCAACAAACUCUUCCAUGUUUACAGAGAGAUGAGGGUCCUGUCCGAUGCGGUAUUUCCCCCCCCCUCCCCCUCUCCAGACCCUCCUCCUCAGCGUUGUCAUCUCUUUGCUUUUGAGAUUCAUCCUCCAGUGGACUCAGCAGCGACAGGACAGACUGAAAUGUAAAGAAUGUGCAUCUGUACAUAAUGAUCUAGACUUUUCUUCUUUUUUUUUUUUUUUCGUGAGUGACUUCGUUUUGUUCUGUUUUUGUUUUUUUGGGGUCAGUGUUAGUUGAAGCAGCUCCUGAAGAAAAGAAAAAAACACUUUGAUUUCAUCCAACCAAAAGGAAAGAAGAUAAACCGAAUAUAAUCCAAGUGUAUGACUGUAGCUUUUAGUGAUGUCCGACACUGCUGUCUAUAGGCAUUUUAAUCCCUUGCAAUUUAAAAACUCCAGUGCAUGUGUGAUGCUUGGACAAUGGGCUGUCGCCAUAACAAUGAUCACCUGUCGCCAUCCCAGAGGCCCAGAGAGCCAUGUGUCUGUAUAUAGUGAAUGUUCAGUAUUUGCAAGUACUUUCUGCGUUAUGUUAUUAUAAUUUUUUUUAUCCAG